AUGCCAGGAUCAUCUUUUGUUUUCCUUGAUUUCAAGCUGUCUUUCCCCUACCUGUUUCAAAUUUCUGGCUCAGUCGCUUCGAGUACAGUCUUUUGUUUUGUUUUGUUGUUUUCUCGUCUUGUAAUUGUAUUACUGGUUGCUGUAGCGAAGGUCUGCAAUCGUUCCGUACGACCAUGGCCAUCACUAACAGAGAUACCAAUCUCUUGCUCAGUAGCGACUCAGCAGCAAUACAGCUUCCUAGACGAGCCACAAAUCCCCCAUUCCAUCAGUCUAACACCAAACCGUCGUCAUGCUCUGUUUCUCUCAACCUGGCCUCAGAGUCUCUGGCUCCAAACCUCGAUAAACAGCUGGGGAAGUCUGCUUUCAUGA